AUGUGGAAUAGGCUGGUUAUAAUGUUUUGUUUUUGUUUUUUGAUUACUGGUAUCAGUUCUUGUCCAAAAAAGGGAAUAAAAACUACAAGUAAAGCAAGUCCUGCAGUUAAGCAAGUAGGUGAUAAAAGAAUUUUCUUUAAUUAUGAUGAAUUUAAUAUUACUGAGGCAAGUGCAGAUAUCUUAUUAGAUGUGAUAGCAGUAUUGCAAGAUAAUCCUGAUGCGCAAGUUGCCUUAACAGGUCAUGCUGACAAUCGUGGUUCUCAUGACUAUAAUCUUGCUUUAGGCGCUAAAAGAGCGGAUUCAGCCAAAAAGUUUAUGGUUAAUUGCACGCCAUAUUUGGGAAAGAGGAUCAAAACUGCUUCUAAAGGAGAGACAGAACCUUUAGUUCAAGUCAAAGAUAACUCUAAAAAUUCGAAAUAUGAAAAAGAACAUGCUAAAAACCGCAGAGUGGAAUUUUCGUUCUCUGGGAUAAAAAAGUAA